UGUUUUUUUUUUUCAUCGGAGGCGUUUCAUUUUAUAGUUUACAAUUUCGGUCUGCUAAUCAACCGAUGUUUCAUUUAACAAUAUUUUUUUAAACCAAGGGAAAGAUGAUCGAAUAUUCAACAAUUUUACUUUACGUUGUUUCAUAAUGUUUAAUACUGGAGAGCUAUUCAGGGAACGGUUUACAAAAACUUUAACUAUUGGAGGUACCGAAACCAGUAUUUUGUACCAAUUUACAAAUAUCUGUAAUUUUACAUGGAUAUUUCUGUUCUACUCACAAAAAAAAAGGAAAAGAAAUUACAGUGUAACCAAUUUCUGAUCGGAGUAACUUGAAUUGUUUUAGGACAGACAAUCAGUGGGCGGGCUAGUAUCCCCACGGCUCGCGGCGGUGCUGUGUGGGUCGUCGCGGGUUCGACGGAAAGCCCGAGGGAUAGCGCGCUCUGCGCGGCCGGACCCGGGGGAGGAGAGACAAAAGACUGCUCGGAGCGGUCCGCGCAGACAGGAUGCUUGCUGCCCGAGAUAACUGGCGAGGAAGGAAGCGCAUCCACGGGAAAAAGGGGCGCCCGACUGCAUCCUCCCUCGCCGGAUCACCAAUCUCUUCCGCCCGCAGAUACGGGAACCCGCUCUCCCGGUUUCUGCUUCUGCAGUCCGAGCAUCCCGUCUGACGACGCAGGGGCCAGGCCUCCGCCAUCUUGCAAUUUUUAAACAUUUCCACACCGCUUCCGAUAAAUCUUCCCUUUUUUUUUUAAAUUCAUUCAACGUGGCACAGGACUGAGAUUUUGGCUAUUUCUUUUGAAGUCAAACCCUUUUUUGAACUUGCGUGAUUCAUCAGGAUAUUUGUAGUCACCCGCGUGAAAUAACAGGUCUUUUCCUCGCGGCGCUUACUGACUUACAACGGCGGAAAGCACAGUAAAUUUACGGACUUUUUUUUUUUAAAGAACGAAGAGUUCUACCUACGUAAUUUCAAAUGAAUGAAUCUUCGCAGCAACUACGCCGUGUUUAGACUUCCGAGUUGUACCGUUUCGUUUUCCAAACGAAGGUAAACACACGCUUGGACGAAUGAAGAUUGUCCUUGCUGUAGACUUAACAAGUUUUUGAAUGUCUUGUUAAUACACCAAAAAAUAUUCUUUUUGGAUUCAUGUCCCGAAGUAAGUGAACUUAGUUUCCGCAAAUUUACGAAGAUAGCCGUAUUUUUACGAAGAUCCCUGGAUAAUUUGUAACCAGCGUUCUUCGUCAAUUGAAGUUCAGCCUAUCCAACUUCAUGACGAACCUCAGUGCGAGGUCCCUGGGCAGCGUCGUCAGUCAGCAGUCCGCCUACAGUGUCUCCAGGCCGUGGUCCAGGGUUUCGAGACGGCGAUGGCAUCAUUCCACACUUAAUAAUCCUCUUGAAUCGUCGAAAACUGCCUGGCCUGUGCCGCACAUAGAGGCGUUGUUUCUACCGGAGUUCAAAAUAAGUGGUGACGUUAAUGAAAAUGACUUUAAGGUCAUUGACACUAUAUCAAAAGGUGCAUUUGGGAAAGUGUACAAAGUUAGAAAAAAAGAUACCAAAGAGAUUUACGCUUUAAAGAUUCUGUCCAAGUCGCAGAUUAUCGCAGACAGGGCCGUCCAACAAGUGAAAGACGAAGUGCACAUACAGUCUGUGUGUGGACAUCAUCCAUUUAUUGUCAACUGUCCAUUUUACUGGCAAAACAGGAAACGCUUAUUUAUAGUUAGUAAUUAUGUACCUGGAGGAGAACUUCUUAAACUCUGCCAAGAGUAUGGACCAUUACCUGAAGAAUUGGUCAAAAUAUACGUAGCAGAAAUAGCUCUUGCACUAGAUUUUCUGCACAAUGCCGGAGUGAUAUACCGUGACCUGAAGCUGGAGAACAUUCUGCUAGAUGAAGAGUGUCACACUCAGCUGAUCGAUUUUGGUCUGGCAAAGUGGCUAAAAUAUGGUGCAAAAACUACUACUAUCUGUGGCACUUUGCAAUAUAUGGCUCCGGAAGUUAUGAGCAUGGAGCCGUACGGACACGCAGUGGACUGGUGGUCUCUGGGGGUCGUCAUGUGCUGCUUGAUAUGCGGAGAGCCCCCGGCGGGCGACCACGCGCCGCCCGCCUCGCUGCCCGAGGGCGCCGCGCGCGACCUCCUGCGGCGCCUGCUGGAACCAGGCCCGCGCGCGCGCCUGCGCAGCCUGGCCGCGCUCGAGCACACCGCCUUCUUCAGGGAGUUCCGCCUCGCUGACGCGCGGGCCAAGAAGUUCUCGCCGAAAAUCAUUUUGGAAUCUCAUUUCCCGGAUGGUCCUGAAAAUAUUUUUUCAAGCGAUAUUCAAUUCGAAGGUUUUGAAACAGACUUAAGGGAAACGUGAAUGUGAAUAUCAAACACCUAAAUUUACUUUCCUGAAUAAUGGCGUUGUGAUAUGGAUGGUGACGUGUUGAAAUGUGACGCAGCUUUACUGAAUUUCAUUAAAGAUUUUUUUACCUCAAGUUUUAACAUUCCAUAAAAAUCUGAAGCUUUAAUUUUGAUAUUACGACUUCGUGUCUCACUGUUCUCGAUAUUGUUAAACAUAUUUUAUUUGUGAAU